UUUAGCAGAUGCUGACUCAGGAUCGUUGCAGUCAGUUAUGGGUCGUCCAGGGAUCCAGAUGUGGGGCCGGACACUGUGUCUCUGCUUGAGCUGGAUGUGUGUGGGUCCAGCACUGGCAGGACCGCAGUACAUGGUAGCCAUUCCUGCAGUUCUUGAAGCUGGAGUUGAGACCAAAUUCUGUACGAGUCUCCUGCAGCCCAACGAGACUCUGGUGAUGACCGUCACUCUGAUGUCCGAGCAGACAAAUACAACCCUCUUCCAGCAGACGUCCAGUAAAGACUUUCAUACCUGCACUCAGUUCAAGACUCCUUCAGUGGAGAAUGAAGUAGUGCAGAAGUUCCAGGUGGAGGUACGAGGCGACACAUUUUACUCAAAAGAAGUCAGGAAAGUCAUGAUCAAAAGCCAUCAACCAAGUACAUUCGUCCAAACAGAUAAACCAAUCUACCUCCCUGGACAAACAGUGAAAUUCAGAGUCAUCUCACUGGACACCAUGAUGAGACCUGCCAAUCAGUGGUAUAAUAUCAUUGAAAUUGAGGAUGCUAACAGGAACCGGAUUGGACAGUGGCUGAAUGAAACAUCUGAUAGUAAAAUAUUGCAGCUUUCUUACGCCUUGAACUCCGAGGCUCGUGAAGGAUCCUACAAGGUUACCGUGUCGACCGGGUCUAAUAAAAUACAUCACAGCUUCAAAGUAGAGAAAUAUGUUUUACCUAAAUUUGAUGUAAAAAUAACUGCUCCUGAUGAAGUAAGUAUUGAUCAGGAAGAAAUCAAAGCUGAAGUUUGUGCAACGUAUACAUAUGGACAGCCCGUGCCAGGCAGUGUUAAUGUAGAAAUGUGCAGACCUAAGCUGAGACACUUUGUUAGUAACAUCUUGACAAUGUCCCCUGACAGACCAGAGGCAAUCCUUAAAUUAUUUUCUCCAUGCUACAAGGAGACAAAGCAGAUGGACAAAAAAGGCUGUGCCACUUUUAUCUUCGCAACAUCAACUUUCACAAAAGUUGCGCAAAAUUUUCUGCUAGCUAAGUUAAAACUCAUUGCCAUGGUGGAAGAGGAGGGCACAGGUAUUUCACACCAACAAGAGAAGCGUGUAGAUAUUUCAUAUGUUGUUGGAAAGCUGUCCUUCACUGACACACCCAAGAUUUAUGGCCAAGGAUCCAAUGUGGAGGGAAAAGUUAAAGCAGUUUAUUACAACAAUACACCCAUUGCUGACAUGCCCGUGUACCUGUUUGAAGGUGAAAGGUGGUCAGCACGUUUGAUACAGAAUCUCACCACUGACAGCAAUGGUGUUGCCCCUUUCUCAUUCAGCACAGCUAACCUAAAUGGGAACAUCCGUUUCCAGCUAAGCUACACACCAACAUUGAUCUAUCAGCGUGAUAGAACGCCAUACUAUGAGGUCGGAGAUCACACAGUUUCGUUGGCCCAAGUCUCUUCUCCUGAUACCAUAACAGUCAGCUCCCUGGAGGUGAAGAAGAAGGAUAAACCACUUCCAUGUGACAAAGAAGAAGAAAUAUUUAUCCAGUACACAGUAGUUGGAGAGGACCAGGGCUCAGUGGAUAUAAUGUGUCUCGUGUUAUCCAGAGGAGCCAUUGUCAUGCAAGGAGUUAAACGGGUUGAAACGCAAGAUAAAUCAGUGAAUGAGGGCCAGGUGUCCUUUAAGCUGACAGUGUCUCCAGACAUGGCUCCAAACAUCCAGGUUAUAAUUUACGCCAUCCUCCCCAGUGAGACUGUGAUCGCCAAAAGCGCUGACUUCUCCGUUGAGAAAUGCUUCAGUCACAAGGUGUCGCUGGAGUUUUCUCCUUCCUCGGCCGUCCCUGGAGAGCAGACAACCCUGCAGGUGAAGGCCCUGCCAGACUCUCUGUGUGGUGUCAGCGCUGUAGACCAGAGCGUCCUCAUCAAGGAGCCAGGGAAAACUCUGGAAGCAGACACGAUAUUUAACCUGUUACCAGUCAAAAAAGCCUCCCGUGUUCCACACAAUGUUGAAGAUCAUGUUGAAUGCUUGCUGGUGAGACCCAGAAGAUACGUUAUUCCAUAUCGACAUAGAAACCAAAGAGAUGAUGCUCAUACAAUUUUCCAGAAUGCAGGUAUGAAGAUGGCAACAAACCUGGUUAUAAGAGUGCCGACAUGCCUCAAGUACAGAGGAAAAGCAUACCACCAGGGCCGUGGUAAUGUUCGUGAAGUAAUGCACAGCCGUUUGCGAAAGGUGGGUAGUGCGGCACCUUCUUUUGAUUCACCAAUUGAGACUGUCCGCACUUUCUUCCCUGAGACCUGGAUAUGGGACCUUAUAGAGAUUGGAAUGUCUGGAACGAAGGAUGUGUCGGUCACUGUCCCAGACACCAUCACCACCUGGGAGACGGAGGCGUUCUGUUUGUCCUCUCAAGGUUUUGGCUUGGCUCCUCGUAAAGAGAUCACUGUCUUCCAGCCCUUCUUCCUCGAGCUCAGCCUUCCCUACUCCAUCAUCCGAGGGGAGCACUUUGAACUGAAGGCAACCGUCUUCAACUACCUGAGCAGCUGCAUCAUGGUUACUGUGGCUCCAACCCCCUCCUUAGAUUACACCCUCACCCCCCUCUCUGGUGACCAGUACACAUCCUGUUUGUGUGGUGGUGAGCGCAAGACCCUCAGCUGGACCAUGGCCCCCUCAGCUUUAGGGGUUAUGAAUGUGUCAGUGACUGCUGAGGCUGUGGCAUCCCAAGCUUCAUGUGACAAUGAGAUUGUGAGCGUGCCAGAAAGGGGUCGUAUUGAUGUGGUCCAGCGUUCUCUCAUAGUAAAGGCUGAAGGAACUGAGAUGUCGAAGACCUACAACUGGCUGCUCUGUCCAGAAGGAGAGGCUUUGACAGACGAAAUGGAGAUACAGCUGCCUGAAAACGUCAUUGUUGGAUCUGCCCGAGCUUCGCUAUCAGUUCUGGGUAACAAAUACAUUUCUGUUGAGUGUGACAUUAACAAAAAAUAUUCUGGGAAAUGAAUAGUCUUCCCUCUC